UUAACUAUAGAGAGCAGCUUUGUUUUUUUUUUUUUUUCGGGGGGGACUGCCUACUCUUUUGAUAGCAGUAGCCCACUAUACUUCUCUUCCAACACCUGAACUUUCAGCCGUCAUCCAACACCAUAUGAGCUCCACCAUUAGCUCAUCAUCUUCAUCUCCCUUAAACAUCCAAAGUUUAUGAAAAACAGAGUACCUUGAAUCCACUAUGAUUUCGGGUCUCGUAUCUCGUUUUUUGGGCUGAGUUAACGAGGUCGAGGUUGUUGUUUGAAGUCCUGCUUGGGGUUUCUGGCCGCUGGUUCCGCUCAAUGUCGCCGGUGAAAUAUUCGGGUCAAUAGCUUCAUCGAGUUCCUGUAACUUAAACAAAGAUUCAUCUAUACAAAGGUACAACAUGUUUUAUCCGGGCCGUGGGAAGUGUCAAAAGAGGAAGCGAGAUGGGAGUAUACCACUUCAGGUUGUUCAUGAGGUCCCUUGGAAACUUUGGACAUGGUGGAAUGAAAUGGAUGUGCUAGAACACACAAAGAUCUUUAAGCAUAUGGGGUUCUUGACCAACAUUAUGAAAAUCGACCCUAGGAGGGACGUGAUUGAUGCUUUGCUAUCCUUUUGGGACCCUACAAAGAAUGUGUUCCGAUUUUCAGACUUCGAGCUGACCCCUACCUUAGAGGAAAUUGCUGGCUAUACCGGACUUGGUGAGAACCUACACCGCCAAAAACUUGCAGCCCUAAGACUUAUUUCUGUGAACAGUUUCCUCACAAAAAUGAACAUCGCUAAGCGCAAAGAGGAUGAGAAGAAAAAGGGCAAGGAAGAAUUUCUGGAUGAGGGUUGGGAAUCCCUGGACAAAGGAUGGGUUUCUUUAGAAUUCUUGUAUGAGAGGUACGGGAGAAGAGACGGGUUUGAGAGGUUGGGAAAGAGGCUCAGUAAUAAAGGAAAUUUUGAAAUUUGGAAAGACCACAGUCGUUUUACCUUCAUGGUGGCAUUUUUAGGAAUAAUGGUCUUCCCAAGACGGGGGCAGAAAAUCAACAUCCGUUUAGCCGGGAUAGUAGACGUCUUGACCACAAAGAAGGAUCAUACCAUUGUGCCAAUGAUCUUAGCAGAUAUUUAUCGGGCCUUGACGGUUUGCCAAAAGGGAAAGGGUUACUUUGAAGGGUGUAACAUAUUAUUGCAAAUGUGGAUAAUGGAGCAUAUCUUCCGACCCCGUCACGUGGCAAGAUUUGUUCAUGAUCGGAGUGAUUACAUUUCAAGCUAUGAAACUAGGGUAAAGGAUUAUAAGCAACCGGACGGUGUGGAGGCAUGGAUUGGAGAAUUUCGUUCAUUAACGUCAGAUAAGAUCACUUGGAACUUCCCUUGGUUCCCUUGGAGAGAAGUCAUAUACACAUCUACACAUCGCCCGUUUCUCUUAUUGAUGGGUAUAAGGGGUGUUCAAUCGUACGUACCAUUACGAGUUUUACGACAAUUGGGUCGGCGCCAGAUAAUACCAGUAGUAGAAGACAUGACGAAUUUUGUAUUUGAGGUAAGACCAGAAAUCCCCUUGCCUGAAGGAUUGGUUGUGGAGAUUUGGAAUGGCUGUCGGGUAAUGACAUUCGAUACAAUGGUUACCGAGCGUCAUUCGGGGGAAGUGCAUCCGGGAUACCCUAUAUGGCUCGAGAACCAACCAGUUGUGAAAGUUCAACCCAAGAGAUCCGCAAAAGGGCCAGUAGAUUAUGAAGCCGAAAUGGACAUAAAAAUCGCGAUGGCGAUGAAGGAGCACCAUGCCGCCAAUCUACUCUUACAAGCAGAUUUAGAGCGUGCUAGAGCAAGCUUGGCCCAACAACAAAUGGAGUAUGAGGAAAAGAUCAGACAAGCCCGUUUAGAAGUAGGAGCAGAUUAUCAAUCCACACUGCAAACUAUACACACAGACCUGGAGCACGCUAGGGCUAUAAUUCAGCAGCGGGAUGUAGAAAUUGCCGAGGAAAGGGCCAAAACAGCCGCACUACAGGGAAAGCUUCAACUGGCCACGAUUAGGGGGUCACAGAUAGCGGAACGUGCUAAAAUUAUUAGACAAGGUUUGCAAGAGAGAUUGAGCAUCCUUGAAGAGGAUAUGCACCAACAGCAGAAUGAGUUUGAACGAAAAGAAGAACAGUUUAAAAAAGAGAAGGCUGAGUGGUUACGCUCCCAAGAUAAACUUCACGAAAAAUUAGAGGAAGCAAAAAGGAACUUGGCUCGCCAAAAUAUAGGCUCUGAUAUGUCUCAGUUAAUUCAGGAGAGGGAGAUGUUACAGGAGAAAUUAGAGUCAGUGACCGUGCGUGAGAAAAAGGCGAGAGAAGAGGCCGCUGCCCGUGAGUUAAGGAUAAAAGAAUUAGAGUACAAAUGUGGGACGGUUCGAGGUAGGGUCCGAGGUAUGGCCAUUCGCUCUUCACAAGCAGGUUUGGAAUAUGAAAGAUUGGGCUACGAGCAGUUUCAUUCGCAAAUACCUACCUUUGUCAAUCAUCUCACCCGUGCACUGCAAGGUUUAUAUAAGGAUAUGGGUGGCCAGCUGAAUCAGAGUCAUCAUGAGGGGGACAAGGAAUAGAAGUGUCGAUGCAGUCAAUGUGUUCGUCUUUUACCUUUUGCUCUUUCAUUUUUCUUUUGAGUCAGCGUUACGUUGUCUUUAGUACUAGUGGAGUCGAUUUUAUUUCAUUUUUCAUCCUUUCUUUGAGUCUUUGUAAAAAUGAUGGAAUGAAAGUUGAAAAUCAAUGGAAAAGAUUUUGUUUUCAAAAUAA